AGUGUGUUUAAUUUCGUUGGAACUUUAAUUGAAAUACAUUGGACAUGACCUUUGUCAAAAUGAAUACCGUUGUCACAUGUAAUAUCCAUCGUGCAUACAUUUGGCAUCACAAUACGCGGCCUAUUGUGUUUUCUGACUUUAGAUUUAUGUUUGACAAGAAAAUGACAGACCUUAGCCUGCCAACAUUGGUGGUACAGACAGAUUACAUUCCUAAAGUCCAAUUUUUUGUACAUGGUGUAAUUUUCUGCAGUGUUGUAUGCAGAGUGGUAGUCAGGUGACCAAAGGGAAGCCAACCCCCUAUGUAAAUGAGCUGUGACUAAAUAAAAACUACUUGAGUUUCAUGCCUGACAUGAUACUACUCACUGCACGUUGCCUUCUUCCCUUCUACAAAGCAGCUGAUUCGGUAGUUUUGAAGUUGGAAAUUUUUUCUUCAGCUAUCUUUACAUGAUUAUUUUCUUCACUUUUUUGGUACAUUUUUUAUUUUGAUCUCUAUUCAAACAUUUUUAUCCUCUAUUGAACCCAUUUAAGAUGGGCUAUUGGACUGAUCAUGGUCAUUAGUUGGUUAGCCAUGACAUUUUUGUUGUUGACCUUUUUUUUAAACUGCUGACUGAAAUGGAAUACAUUUCUUCUAUGAAAGUUUGAGGUUGGCGGUGCUGCCUGCAAGGAUGUCCAGAGCUACGAGAUCAGCCUCCCGGUCUCCGAGCCACUCCAGGUCAAGAUCCCGGUCACGAUCGCACUCCAGAUCCCGAUCCACCUCGCAGUCCAGGAGAAGUAAUUCGCGAUCUCGCUCGAGAAAACAUCGCUACAGCUCUAGGUCUCGGUCUCGAUCAAGAUCGCGUUCAAGAUCUCACUCGCCACUAUAUAACCGUGACAAGAAAUACUUCAAAGGAUACCAGAACAACCGUGAGUUCCGGGGCUACCACCGUGGCUUCCGGAGGCCAUACAACUUCCGAGGCAGAGGACGGGGCUACUUCCCACGUGGACGGUACCAGCGUGGAGGUGGUGGUGGUGGUGGUGGUGGUGGUGGGAGAGGCUAUAAUUAUAAUAAUAAUAACAAUAAUAAUUUCCGUGGCAACUGGAAGAAUUACAAACAGAACCCCCAGAAGCAGCAAAAGCAGAACCAUCCAAGCCAGUACAAAGAGCGACCCGAGCAACAAAAAUUCUCUGGAAGUCCACCUCCAGGACACUCGCGCCACUCUGACCGAUCAGUUUCUCCAUUAUCCAGGCAAUCACAGCAUUCUAAUGCUUCCUCCCACUCCUCUUCUCCCAAAAGUAAGCCAGCCUUGUUGCUGGAUAAUAAAAAUGGUAACAAUAUGAAAGAGGAGCCCUUGGCUUCCAAGGAGGUCCAGAAGGAAGGAGCAGAUGGAGAUCAAAUUGAGGCUAGAAACGCCAAAGAAGGUCAAAGCGGUGGGAAAACUGAGAGGGGCUGGCAAGGCUUGAUGGACUGUGACAGUAGUCCAAAUCGAGCCAGUCCGGAAAAUCCUGCUGUUGUUGCUCAGGACCGGCAAAACUCUGACCAGGCUGGUAACUCCACCCAAAACAUAAAAAACACCAGCAAUGGCUCCCCCUCCUGGCAGGCAGUGUGCAAUUCAUCCUCGACAAAAAAGCUUUCACAAGAAGCGCUAAAUCAAAUGCUUUCCAGCCUUGACAUCCUCAACAGUGAGGAAUGCCCAGAUGGAGAAAAAACUGCUAUCACCAUCGCCUUCAGAAAGUUUUUAAAGGAGCACAAUAAAAAAACUAAAUCCACUUGUGGAAAUGACAAGAGCACAGAGGAAAAUACAAUCGAUACGGAAAAAGUCAACAUCAAUGGUCAAGCACCUGCCAGGUUUGCUGAACCUGUGUCAAAUCAGUACAAAACAGAUGCUGCUGAUAAAGUGUCUGUAAACCAUUUGUUGAAAGCUUCCCCUUGUCUGUCUGACGAGGAAGAGGAUGUGAUAACCAAAACUCAUUUAAAGUCACUUCAAAAAGACAAGCACAAUGGGAAGGACUCCUGUAAUCUGAGGUCCAAGACAACCCAAGAGCAGUCUGAUGAGUGCUUUGACAAAUGGCACAGUGUGGGAGCUGACAGUGAGCUGGAUGUCAUGGGAGAGGAGAUGUGCACCAGUCACAAGUCAGCUGCCGUUACUGCCGCCAUCGCUCGGCGGGAAAUGGUGGGGGAUUUUGAAGAACUAGGUUGCAAACCUAGAAAGGUGUCUAAAUCUCCCUCUACCCUAUCUCCCACGCCACCGCUGAGGCAGAUGUUUAUGGUCACCGGAGAGAGCUCAUCUCUGUUGUCCGCAAGAAAACCGGAGACAAAGAUUAAUGUUAGAAUGAAUUUCCUUGGAGACAGCUUGAUAGGCACAUCAGAGAUUUUAGCUCAGGAGCGACAAUUGUCUCAGGACCUGGUGCAGUCUUCAAAGAGGGGCCAAGAGUUUCACUCCAUCUUUCAACACGUUCAGGCCACGCCACAGCAGAGGACUCCCUCCGAGCUUUUUGCUCAGCACAUUGUUACCAUCCUUCACCACGUCAGAGGUCAGCACUUUGCUCCUUCAAGAAUGACUCUUAACGAGCGAUUCACCGUGUACCAAAGGCAAACUGCGCAGAAGGAAACCCUGAAACCAAGACAAAGUCCAGAGAUUCACAGGAGAAUUGACGUUUCACCAAGUGCAUUUAAGAAACACUCUCAGGUUUUUGAGGCAAUGAAAAGCGCAGAAGAUGGCACUUACAAGGACUCUGGGGAAAAAAUGAAGGCUGACCCAAUGGACCUACGCUUGGAUAUCGAGCGUCGUAAAAAAUAUACCAGCCGCGAAACAGAUUACAGCCACGAUGAAGAGGUUUCCCCCAUCUCUCAUAUGAAUAGCGAGAGAUCUGUGGAAAAGUUGUCCAACAGCAACAAGAAACCAAAGGUCAGUGAGAGCAAGGGCUCUCGAUCCAGGUCGUCCUCAUCUUCGUCUUCCUCCAAAUCCCAGAGAGAUGAUUUACCAAAGUCGGAGCUCAAAGACGAAGGUUUUAACAGGCUUCGGCUGUGUCCAAAUGAAUUACCUGGACCUGCUGAGAAAGAAACAGCAUGGAGAGGAUUUCAAAUACAAUUUCGUGGAAGAGGGUGGAAGAGAGGAAAUCACCAGGGAGACAACUCACAUUGCAAUCAAGACAUGGCACUACAACCCAAUCAUGAAGAAUGGAAUACAGAGUGUCCUCCAAAGAGCAGAACAUACUACUUGGUGAACAGGCUAAUUGGGAACAGGUGGGUGCCAUGAUUGGGUAUAAAAUCAGCUUCCAUGAAAUGCUCAGUCAUUCACAAACAAGGAUGGGGCGAGGGUCAUCACUUUGUGAACAAAUGGGUGAGCAAAUUGUUUAAGAACAACAUUUCUCAACGAGCUAUUGCAAGGAAUUUAGGGAUUUCACCAUCUACGGUCUGUAAUAUCAUCAAAAGGUUCAGAGAAUCUGGAGAAAUCACUGCACGUAAGCAGCAAUGCUGAAAUCCAAAAUUAAAUGCCCGUGACCUUCGAUCCCUCAGGCGGUACUGCAUCAAAAAGCGACAUCAAUGUGUAAAGGAUAUCACCACAUGGGCUCAGGGACACUUCAGAAAACCACUUCCCGUAACUACAGUUGGUCGCUACAUCUGUAAGUGCAAGUUAAAACUCUACUAUGCAAAGCCAAAGCCAUUUAUCAACAACACCCAGAAACCCAGCCGGCUUCGCUGGGCCCGAACUCAUCUAAUAUGGACUGAUGCAAAGUGGAAAAGUGUUCUGUGGUCUGACAAGUCCACAUUUCAAAUUGUUUUUGGAAACUGUGGACGUUGUGUCCUCCGGAACCAAAGAGGAAACGAACCAUCCGGACUCUUAUAGGCGCAAAGUUGAAAAGCCAGCAUCUGUGAUGGUAUGGGGGUGUAUUAGUGCCCAAGGCAUGGGUAACUUACACAUCUGUGAAGGCACCAUUAAUGCUGAAAGGUACAUACAGGUUUUGGAGCAACAUAUGUUGCCAUCCAAGCAACAGUAUCAUGUCUUUCUGCUUAUUUCAGCAAGACAAUGCCAAGCCACAUUCUGCACGUGUAACAACAGGUUGGCUUCUGGGUACUAGACUGGCCUGCCUGUAGUCCAGACCUGUCUCCCAUUGAAAAUGUGUGGCGCAUUAUGAAGCCUUAAAUACCACAAUGGAGACCCCGGACUGUUGAACAACUUAAGCUGUACAUCAAGCAAGAAUGGGAAAGAAUUCCACCUGAAAAGCUUAAAAAAUGUGUCUCCUCAGUUCCCAAACGUUUACUGAGUGUUGUUAAAAGGAAAGGCCAUGUAACACACUGGUAAAAAUGCCCAUGUGCCAACUUUUUUGCAUAGUGUUGCUGCCAUUAAAUUCUAAGUUAAUGUUUGUUUGAAAAAUAAUGUUUAGUUCGAACAUUAAAUAUCUUGUCUUUGCAGUCUAUUCAAUUGAAUAUAAGUUGAAAAUGAUUUGCAAAUCAUUGUAUUCUGUUUUUAUUUACCAAUUACACAACGGGUCAACGUCACUGGUUUUGGGUUUUGUAACUUG